GACGGGAGAGGGAGGGAGAGUAGCUAGCCACUUAGCCAGACAUGUCGUUGAGGACAACCAGCCAGCCAAACUAUACUGUACAUCAGCUUCAGUCCUCUCGCCAUCUCGUCAGGGAUCGGAGUGGAUACAGGAUACCGGAAGAUACAAUCUCCCUACUCAUUAUGCUCAAGUGCUGUACGUAGGAGCACCAAUUAUCAAGAUAUGAUCGAACAGGCAUCACACAAGACAAGACGACUUGACUCUGCCUCGCUCGUCAUAUUGUAUAUAUAACCGUCCCCCAUCCCUGGCAGAGGCACUCACUCACUCAUCUCUUGCAUGCUCAUCGGCAACUCCCGUAGUUGAAAGGAUGGGUAUACUGGUGAUUACGGUGGACCUAGACUGCUGUCGCUGUAGAGCCAAGAUCACCAAAGUCCUCGACUGUCUCAAAGAGGAAUUCUGCAUCGAGAAGGUGGAGUUCGAGGACAAGAAGGAGAAGAAGGUGGUGGUGGUGCGCGGGAAAUUCGACGCCGAGAAGCUCUGCAAGAAGGUCUGGUGCAAGGCCGGGAGUAAGGUCGUGAAGGAGAUCAUCAUCGUGGACGUCUGGCCGAUUCCACCCAAGCCACCCAAGCCAUGCGAUCCUUGCAAUCCCAAGCCUGAGAAAUGCUGUGUCUGUGACCACUGCAAGCCCAAGCCUGAGAAAUGCUGUGUCUGUGAUCACUGCAAGCCCAAGCCUAAGCAGGAGCAAAAGCCUAAGCCUGAGGAAAAGCCUAAGGCGGCGACGCCCAAAACGGAGUACAAGUUCGUGCCGUACCCGUACCUGGUGCCGAACCCUGGGAUGUGCCAGAGCUGGCCGUGGCAGUGCCCUCCUCACCAGCAGUGCCAGUGCUGCCAGAAGCCUCCUUCGCCGCCGCCGGCACCGCCGCAGCGGCCACCGUGCACCUGUUCGAGCCACGGUAGCUGUGGCUGCGGCCAGACACUGCCGGUCUGGCCACCGCAGCCGCCGGUCUGGCCUCCACCGUGGGCAGGCUGCAAUGUUGUCGCCGACGAGAACUCGUGCUCUGUCAUGUGAUCCAUGGCUACCUGCUUAACGUCACCUGUCGCUGUUGCUGUGCUGUGAUGGGUACUGGACCUCCGAUAUCUGAAUAAUCCGACACUAUGUUCUGUAUAGUGAAGUUACUGUGCGUGUGCAGAUGUGUUUGCGUCCUGCAGUGUGUUAUACGAACGUGUUAUGCCAGAAUGCCCUUGUUUUAUAGUACUGGUGUACUACCUUCCAAAACUAAACUGUAAUUUGCACUUUGUAAUGUGAUAUUCAUGUCUUUGUACGAGUAUUUCGUAAUUAUGCCUGCAAUAAUCCUUUA